CACCGCUCUCUCAGUCUCUCUCCAGUGCGUGGCAGAAUUUCCUCUCUCUGCUCUGUCUCUCCCUCUCCCCAAUUCACACAUACACACACACACACGCACGUGCACGCACGCACACGCACACACACACACACACACACACACACACACACACACUUCUUCUCUUUCACUCUCUCUCAUUAGCUUGCACAGGGAGAGGGGCUUGAUGCCUGCUCCGCCGCUGGCUUGCCGUAGCCAUGCUGCCCUGGAGAAGGAGCAAGUUUGUGCUGGUGAAGGACGAGGAGAAGAGCAAGCCCAAGAGCCUGGGCGCCGGACUGACCUACCACUCGCUCCUGUCCUCGCUGCUGCACGCCUGCCCUGACCUGCGACCCGACUGCCCCUUCCACUGGCUGGCCAGCGUCUUCCAGAGCAAGCGGCAGAAGGUGGAGCUCAACCGCGAGGAGCCGGCGUACGGCGUGCGCUACCUGGGCAGCGCCGUCACCAUCCUGGCCAAGGGCGAGGCCUGCGUGCAGGAGGCCGUGGCCAAGAUCUGGCAGCACAGCGGCUACGGCGAGCAGAGCCUCAAGCUCAAGCUGAGCGUGGGGCCGCACGGCAUCCGCAUGGGCGCCGACGCCAGCGGCCGCAAGAAGCCCAGCCACCUGUUCUCGCUCAGCCGCAUCACCUACUGCGCCGCCGAGGCCCACCGGCCCAAGAUCUUCGCCUGGAUCUACCGGCACCAGGUGAAGAACAAGGCGGUGGUGCUGCGCUGCCACGCCGUGCUGCUGGCCAAGGCGGAGAAGACGCGCGCGCUGGCCCUCAGCCUGCUGCAGAACGCCUCGUCCUCCUUCAGCGAGUUCAAGCGGCUCAAGCGGCAGAGCGACUUCCGCCACUGCCGCCAGCAGCUGCUGGGCGAGGGCAUGGUGCCCGUGGCGCCCCGGCGGCGCUUGCUCAACGGCCAGUGCCACUACCAGCCGCCCGCCGACAAGCCCAGCAGCGCCACGCGCCUCUGCUCCAUCACCGAGGAGGAGGAGGAGGAAGAGGAGGAAGAGGAGGACGAGGAGGAGGUGGAGGACAGUGAGCAGGAAGGAGAGGACGGAGAGGAGGAGGAGGAAGAGGAGGAGGAGGUGGUGGACGAUGAUGAUGAAGAUGGGAAAGCUGUGGAGAGGGAGACGGGGAGAGGUGUGAUGGUAAGGGGGUCAGCGCGGCUGUCCGAGAGGGACGUGCGGAAAAUCGUUAGCGGACUGGGCGAGUGCACCAUCAGCUGCUCGGAGGACGGCCAGAUCACCAUCAGCACACUCCUGUGACGGCCAGAGAGAGCGCCGGACCGGAUGACCUCGCUCCCCGCUCCACUCGUCCACAGGAGCCGCGCUGAGAAGAAGAAGAAAACAAAAAAACACACACACACACACACAUUCCGUGCCUCCUCGGAUCUCCCCUGGUUCCACGACUUCACUGUGUUGUUGGGAUACGAGAGUGUGAGGAAUACAAAGAUGAGGCGAAAAAGUGUCCUGGCUGUUUCACGCCCGUCACCUGCCGUCUGAGGCGUACAGGCUUUCGAAGGAGAGAGUUCAAGUCGGACAUGACAUAUAGCACAAUAACAGAGGAUAAGGAGAGAGUCACUUGAAGACGACAGGGCACCCUGUAUCCCUCUGAGCCAAGCUACCACUGCACACGAACUGAAGAAGAGCAAAAAAGAUUUGUUCCACUGUGGUGUUUGUAUUUUUAUGGUAGAGUGAGUAUUUAAGAUAAGCUCUAAUUUUUUGAUAGAUUGGCAACAUUUUUGACGAGGAGAAUUUGUACAAAAACAGAAAGAUGUACAUUUUAUUUUCUGAUGUAUUGCGUAAGCCCUCUGUAAUUUUCCACAGCUGACCUUUCCGUGUGCACUUUGGUCUUUUAAGAGACAUUUAAUAUGCUUUUACAGUUCCCGUGAAAUGGACUAAUGAAUUAUACCAUCAUUUAGGAAAUGAGCCAUUGAGUCGACAUAUUUAUUGCCAUCAUUUCUUAGAGGGGAUCUCCCCUCCCAUGCAUGACAGCAGAAGACAUCACCACUGACAUUUAUGAGAACUUUAAUAUCAUAAAUGUAUGAUAUCCCUGUGAUACAUCCACGAUUGAAACCAUGGCUACUGUACAGGACAGGGGUGCACAUUUUUCUACACUUUUGUCUGGAGGUUGAAAAGCUUUGCAGUGUUUUGAGAAAAUACCUGUAAAUAUCUAUGUGUGCAUACAUGUUUUCAGACUCUAUCUAGAAGGCUAAGAGGUUACAUUUGAAGAACAUGUAAACUGUGAUCACAGCCUGUAUUUCUAGUCUUCUUGUGACACCGGAUGACACCAUUUAAUUCUUUGGACAUGACCAUUUAAUAAACUGUCCUCACUUGUU